AUGUCCGAGUCCAGUGUAGAGCAUCAGUUGCUCCGACUUCAUGUUCUUCUUGGUGAUGACGAGGCCCAACUGGAAGCGGUCUACAAAUCAUUUCAAGACCUUGAUCAUGAGGGACGAGGAUCGCUCGAAAAUGCCCCGGAGUUGGAAUUGGUGCUACGCGAGCAUCUAUCGUCAAAGGAUUUAAAGAAAAUUGAUAUCGAAGCUCUUGUCAAUCGUUUUUCAACCGCAGAGAACUGCUUCGACUAUAAAGCCUUCUGUACGGCUCUGCAACAACCACCUGUUCUCCAAAGUGAAUCAAGCCAUUCGGGUCGACGUUCUCCAACGAAACGGAGGUCUCGUAGCCCCGUCAAGACACGUAUGCACAUGGAUAAGCAACUGGAAUCACAACGUUUGCUUAUGGAGAGCGUUCGACAGAAGCUUAUCCGUGGCGUUCAAGGCGACGAUAGCGAUGGGUUUGAGGGAAUUCAAAACAUUUUACGCCGUUUGGAUACCUCGGGCGAAGGAUAUUUGGAUGUGAAGGUGUUCUCGAAGAAAGUUCUUCAGCAUCUCAAGGCCCCUCUGACACGACCAGAGCGAGAAUUCUUACUGGAGCAACUGAAGCAGAGCUCCGAAAUGGGGCAAGAACUCAUUAACUAUGAGCAGCUUGGUCGUGUAUGUAACCUGAAUAGCGAUGAUUCCGCUUCGGAAUCCGAUAUGGAGCAAGAACUACAGACUAAAGCGCUGUCCCAUUCGAAAAGCUCUCAACUAGGAGCCAAAUUCCUCGCAGCCGAGAAGCGGCUCAAUGAAUUUCUUCGUACUCCAAUUGCGGAGAAGUCCUCAAGUAUUUCUGCAGACACCCCACGUUGCCUAGUUACAGGAGCUGAAAAGUUUCUGGAGCUUGCCGAAGCAAUUGAUCAAGAUAAUACCGGUUUGCUGUACGAAGACGAAUAUUCGCGUAUUCUAUCGAACUGCGGGAUUGACAUUGAUCCCGACCUUUUCAAUGGAAUGCUUUCACGAUUUCCGCGCUCGUCUGGAAAACUGAUCAGCUAUACGGCAUUUCUUCAACGCUACGGCCAAAACCCGCAACAUAAUCGAGGGAGACGAGAACUCAAGAGACUUGUUCUCCACCUAUUGGCACGGCUUACCGUUCCUGUUCCAGAGUGGAUCCGUUUCUUGUACCAACGAUUCGAGAAAUACGAUCGCAAACUGCAUGGCACCGUCAAACAUUCAAUACCAACUGAAGCAUUUUUGCAUGCCGUUCAGGGUCGCUCCGCCGUGUUAAAGCUAACGACGGACGAGGCGGCGCAAGUGACGUCGCUGUUUCUUCAUUCCUCCUCAAAAAACUCGACUAGCCACCUCCACUACCGCGAGUUCCUUACCUUUGUAGACGAAUGUAGUCAAGUCUCGCGUCCACCGGCAAUUGACACCAAGUUGGUGCCAUCCACGCCUGAGGUGUCACCACCGGCUUCUCCGAAAGCAACAAAACUACCUCAACCCGAACCAGCAGACCCGGCGUCCGAUAUUUCAGUCGGGGACUACCUCAUGUUCCACGCACUACCCCAAGAGCGACGCAACUUUGAGGACCUCAUGGAAAUGCUGAAACAUUUCCAAAAUACCGUCGACGGCAAUCACGAGCCAGCAAUCCAACGCAUUGCCAACGGCAUCAUGAUGCCUUUAGGCAAGAGACUGCGAGUCAAAGUGCAAUUCUCCAUCGGUGAAUGA